GAUAUAAAGAAACUUUUAAGAUGCAUCUGAGUCAAAGAUCUAUCUUAUUGUAUGUUAGAUUUCUCAUAGCUUUCACAUUCAACGUGGAAGUGAACAGUCAUUGGUGGUCAAUGUCAAACAAGCCCCUCUCAAUCACACUGGAUAAUCACAAAACAAAAUCAAUUUGCGAAUACGUCGAAGGAUUAUCACGAAAUCAGAAAACUUUAUGCAGAAGAUAUUAUAAUCACAUGUCGUUCGUUAGUGAAGGAGCACAAAACGGAAUUAAUGAAUGUCAACAUCAGUUCGAUGGUCAUAGAUGGAAUUGCUCUACUGUUAAAGACAGUUCUGUGUUUGGGAAAGUUUUAAAGAUAGGGAGUAAAGAAACUGCUUUUACAUAUGCCGUUGCAGCAGCUGGAGUAGUUUACUCAGUAGCAAAGGGUUGCAAAAGUGAUACAUUGGGCACAUGUGGGUGCAGUCGGAAACAACGACCAAUGGGAUUGGCAAAGGAGUGGAGAUGGGGAGGCUGUGGUGAUGAUACCGAUUAUGCUUAUGGAUUUGCAAGAGAAUUCAUUGAUGCGAGAGAACGAGACAAUCUCUCUCCUAGAGGGAGAAAGGAGAGAGCAAGAAAAAUUAUGAACAUGCACAACAACGAAGCUGGAAGAAUGGCUGCAGUUCGUGCUACUCGUCCGGCAUGUAAGUGUCAUGGCGUAUCUGGUUCAUGUAGUUUGAAAAGUUGCUGGUACCAAGUCCCCGACUUCAGAGUCAUUGGCGAUAUGUUGAAAGUAGAACAUAAAAGAGCCAUUGAAAUGAGAAUGAAUAAAAGGGGACUUAUUCGACCCCGUAAAAGGCCACGAGAGGCGCCAUUUAUCACUGACUUGAUAUUUAUAGAGUCCUCUCCGGAUUACUGCAGACGUAAUACUCGUACUGGUGUUCUCGGCACUAGAGGUCGGGAAUGUAAACUAAACUCUCGUGGUAUGGACGGUUGUGGAUUACUAUGUUGUGGUCGAGGAUAUAGAACAAAAAUGAUUGAAGUUACCGAAAGAUGUAAUUGUAAAUUUGAAUGGUGUUGCGAAGUCCGAUGCCAGAAAUGUAAAAGAAAAAUUGUCCAAUAUACAUGUAAAUAAAGGCCGGAACCAACAAGUGUUCAUAUCAUACGGAAAAAUGGAAUAAUAUCACGCUUCGAAUCAAUACAAAAUUUCUAUGAUUUUCCAUGGCGACCAUAAAUAAUGGAACGAAUGAAACAGAACUGAAAUAUGGAUUAAGGAUUCGAUAUUUCUAA